CUACCUGAUCGGAUCACUUGCGGUCACGGACUUGAUGGUGUCGGUGCUUGUGUUGCCAAUGGCGGCUCUUUACCAAGUUUUAGACAAGUGGACACUUGGACAGCUUUGGAUAGAUACUGGGCUAUCACCGACCCAAUAGACUACAUGAAGAAAAGGACAUUAAAACGCGCAGCUCUCCUCAUCACCGUUACCUGGCUGGUCGGCUUUUCGAUAUCGAUUCCACCCAUGUUGAUCAUGAAAUCACAGCCUAAGAGUAAAGCUGAAGAUAUGGCAAAUCCUGAAGCGUGUAUGAUCAGCUACGACCCAUGGUACACAAUUUAUUCUACCUUUUGCGCAUUUUACAUACCUCUGAUUCUCAUGCUGGUCUUAUAUUGGCGUAUAUUCAAAGCGGCAAGAUUUCGCAUUCGCAAAACAGUGCGGAAAACAGAAAAAAAGAGGGUGAAAUGUUUGACAGUGUCACCUGCGCUUUUUAAAAGAGCAAACGGGGAGCUGGGGAAAAACUGGAAAAGCGCAGUCGAACCCAAGCCCCCUGCGUGCGUAAACGGCGCAGUCAAACACGCGGAGGACGGCGAGUCUCUGGAGAUCAUUGAGGUUCACAGCAAUUCGAAAAACAACCUUCCUCUACCUAAUACUCCAAACUCUGUCCCUCUGUUUGAAAACAAACAUGAGAAGAACACCGAGGCGAAGAGGAAACUCGCCCUGGCACGGGAGCGCAAGACAGUAAAGACUCUGGGUAUUAUAAUGGGCACUUUUAUUCUGUGCUGGCUGCCAUUCUUCAUCAAAGCGCUGGUGAUGCCUUUUUGUCCAUCUUGUGAUAUGCCUUUGUGGCUCAUAGACGUCAUUAAUUGGCUUGGCUAUUCAAACUCCCUAUUGAAUCCCAUCAUUUACGCAUACUUCAACAAAGACUUUCAGAGUGCGUUCAAGAAAAUCAUUAAAUGCCAUUUUUGCAGACCAUGAACAUGCGAUUGAUUUGAAUUUUUUAAGCAUAAGUGUCAGUUGCAACAUGCAUUUAACCAGACAAAGAAUAAUGUUGUUUCGAUUUGCUUUCAGAUGAAUGGAAACUUCUUUAGUACACUAUAAAUAUAAUAAUACGUCUUAUUUUAUCAGAUGUAUGUUGAUCUUGUCAUAUCAGGUUUACAUAAUGUGUACAAAAAACAUGUCUUGUGUCACACAUGGAUAUGUAAAAUAAAAAAGUUCCACUAACAA